AUGAAAGCGACUACUUCAGGAACGGCAGCCAAGGAGUGGUCCAGUUUCCUGGCUUUAUGUAUAGCUAAGCGCCUCGACUUCGACAACUUCGCGUCCUACGUAUCCAUCCUGUCCUCGAGACAUCCAGUGACCCCCGCCGUUGUCGCCGACGUCUUCCUGAAACCACACCCUGCCAACCACGAGAGCCUCGAUCCACGCGUGCCACGAUAUGUCCAGAUCCUCACCGACCAGAAGCUGAUCAACACCCCGUCGAUCCUAAAAGCGCUCUACAAGUACUCCACGUCACACUCCCACCAGGCUAAUGCCGUUGAAAAUGCGCAACAGCAGCAAACGGAGAACACCGUUCCCUGGUGGAAGAGCUCAUAUGGAGCCGAAGAGACGAUAUUCUACCGGCUCACCAAGGCCGUUGCGAUGGGAACUGGGAUCAAAUCGGCUAGCGAUGCUAUCGAAGUGUGCAAGGUCAUGGCCAGGUGGAUGACGCUGUUCACCACGGCCUCGGCGGCGUUCGCGCAGGACGUCAUAGGGCAGCUGCACAGCAUGCAGUCCAAAGAGGAUAUGGAGGCAUCACGAGCGGCCUUCGUUAUGCUACUCUUAGGCAUCUUUGAAAACCAGGUCGUACUCAAGGCCCUCAGCCGGCCGUUUGCUAAAGAGGCACGCAAGGCAAUGUCGGAGAGCUUGAGUAACUUCGUGCCGUCCAUUAUGCAGAGCCCUGGCGCAUCGCAAGUAGCCAGCCGGUUGGAGUUCUUUCGAACGGAUACCCUUGCCGCAUUCGAGCCCGUUGACAAGAAGAAAGAGGCUGCGAAGGCUGAAAUUGACGAUCUGUUGGACUCGACUAUGGGGUUGGAUAACUUUGUUAUCCCUGAGUUGCCAGUUACGAAUGCUCGAGCUGGUUUAUAUAUCUACCUGAACGCCCUACUGGUUGGGCGUCCCCUGAUAGACGAUGCUGCAUUCUACAGUUACCUGCACAAUCGGUACAAUGGUGAAAUCCAAACUACUGCGAUUGACCUCAUUCUGGCAUCUUUUGAUGUCCUCGCAAAUGCCUUUUUUAGGAACGAAGGCCAGAAGUCGGCAAACCUCUUACGAUGUUACCUGAUCAACAAGCUUCCCCUAUUACUUUCGACAUUGGCAACAUCAAUGUUUCCUCCACUCACACCGCAGUAUUGCAUCACUGAAGCCUUGAGCCAAGUUGACACGAACGCCUUCCCUACCCUCUCAUCCAUGUUCGACGAAUCAAACAGUAACAACACAUUUACGGAUAGCGUCCGGCAAGACUUUUGCUUUGCCUGUUGCUUGCAUGGACUUAUUCCCGAGCCCGCCAUUGAAGGCCUGCUUGGCGAUAUGACCUAUCAGACCUUGCCAGCAGGCGGGCGCUACGUCAAGGAGACACUAGUCGGACAGUGUAUGACAGACCCCGAAAGGAUACAGAGUCUGAUUGGUGAGCUAGACAACAUGGAUGGCAACGUAGGUGCUGUGUGCCAGGCUAUAACGGAGGUGAUUGGCCGCCUUUGCAACAACAAGGAGACCAUGUCCUUGAAACUACUCUGCAGUCAGCUUGCAAAGAAGCCCCUAUCUCUGGACGUCAUGUUGCUCUUUGAGAAGCCGGUUUCCAUCUUACACCCACUCUGUGAGCUGCUUGAUAAUUGGCACUACGAUGAAGACCAGGGCGAAUACCAACCAGUCUACGAGGAGUUUGGCUCCAUCUUGCUGCUUGUGCUGGCAUUUGUUCAUCGCUAUAGCCUCACGGUUGCCGACCUGGGCAUCCGGUCAUCGCACUCUUUCAUUGCAAGACUGUUGCAGAGUGGCCAUCUCGCGAAAUCAUUAGAGGACCUGUCAGAGCAGGAACAGGGCCAUAUUGGUGGCUGGGUCCAUGGCCUCUUUGACAGUGAGAGCGGUGGGUUGAGCGACGAGCUGAUGUCUUCUUGUCCACCUCAGGACUUUUACCUGCUUGUUUCUACACUGUUCUACCAGACCGUCUUGGCGUUCAGCACCGAUCGUCUCAGUGAGGAGGGGUUGAACAGUGGCGUCGAAUAUCUCGUCGAUACAUUCCUUCUACCAUCGCUUGUCAUGGCCAUUACCUACCUGUCAAAUCACCUCAGGAUAGACAAUCAGAAGGAGCAGAAGGCGGUGAUCAAGAUACUGCAACUCAUCCUGCUCACAAAACAAGGCUCUAACGAAGCCCAGACUAUGUUGUCGGGGGUUUUAAAUAUAGUGGCAAAGCCUCUAGAGCACGCACUAAGGACAUAUCAACGUCAAGAUCCCAAGAGUCAAGACAUUGAGCCUUUGCUUAAAGCCAUCAAGGACAAUAUUCGAGUAUCUCGACGGACAGGGGGGGCCGAGCACAAUGAACUCGAGCAGUGGACCGGCCAACAGAGUGGGGGACUUGUCGCAUCCGUUCGACAUACUCUGCAGGGGUUCGUACAGUGGAGUCUGCACCCGAGUAUUAACAUCAUGCCCACGUCUUACUCGCAUCGUCAAAUACUGGCUGCGAUCAAGCUUCUAGGACCCAAGAGGCUGUUGCGUCUUAUCCUGGAAGAAGUCAGACAACAAACCGAUGCGGGCAGCGGAAGUGUCGCUUACGACGUUGCGACGGCCCUAAUAUGUGCACCAGACGUAACCAACGUCACGCCCCCGCCACCGCCGACACUUCUCAGUGAUCCAAACCAACACCCAUCUCCAGUGCAGAGCCGUGUCACGUUGAGGACUGCCCUGAGGUGGGAGGUGGAGGACUUCAAGAAGAUACAAAAGUCGGACCCAGCGAUGGCCGAGACUGUCGUGCGGCUGUAUAGAAGAGUGGAAGCACAGUUGCUAAUGCCACAGCCAGCUGAGAUGCUGCAGAAUGAUUUGGGCCUUGGGCUUGACCAGGGGGCUGCGGCCUCGCUUGGUGAAGCACUUGCUGCUGCUCAAGGUGAUGGAUUAGUUACGGAUGACACCAAUGUCAAUCUGGACCUGGGUGAUGGGACGGCCGAUAUCAAGUUUGAUAUGGGAUCCGGGAACAGUACGGGGGGUCUCGACCUAGGCACAGACGAUGACAUAUUCGGCGUUGGGAAUGGUGCUGACUUGUUGGAGGGCUGGGACGGCAUGGAUCUAUCUUGA